CAUUCAACCCAAUCCAUUCUGGACUUCGCCUAUAUGGCACAAUAUCCCUCACUCUCAGCAGCCCAUCUUGACAAGAUGAAGGACCUACUUUCUACAUUCCACCACAACAAAGAUGUUCUUAUCCACAGAGGAGCAUGUGAGGCAUCACAUUUUCGAAUACCCAAAUUACAUGGAUUGCAACACUUUGUCGAUGACGUCAUUGUAGGAGGACCACCUGAUAACUUCUCCAUGGAAACCCCUGAAUCUCUGCAAUUAGAAAUGUGCAAAGAUCCCUACCAUGCCACUAACCGCUGUGAAUAUGAUGAACAGAUUAUCAACCACUUGGAAAUUCAUGAUCGGUUAGCUUUGCAGUGA